AUGUCGCGCCUGGAAAAGAAAGCUGAGGAGCCGAUCCAGCCGAUCGAGAAGGAGCUGAUGCUGGACAACCCGGACCAGGUGCGCGCCAUGGAACGCGCGGCCGACCCCGACCGCCGUGAGAAGCUCAAGGAGGAGGGUCGGCUCGGCCUGCAGAGUGACAAGAAGUACCUCGCCGAGGUUAAGAAGGCUGGGAUCGAUGUAGAGAAGGAGUUUGAGACGAGCGGCCAGGUCCACAUCCCGGUCGAAGGCCAGACCUACGAGGUCAAGCCCCGGCAGAGGCACAACCCUCCGCUCUGA